GCCUCCAAGUGACAAUGGGAAGACGGACGAAUUUGGCGUCGCCGCAAGCAGAUGGGGCUGAUAGUUUAACGUUUUGAGGUCUGAACUUGAAAAUUUACUGAGACGGUUCUCUCCGUAUUUGGCUCUUAACUGGUUGUUGGCUAAGCGAACAUUACAAACCGAUCAGAGGGCUACAGCACCCAGCCAACCAAGCGCAAAGUUAGCUUCAAGCUAUUCUACACUGAGGAAAUAAUGAGUAUGGUAGAUGAUCCAUCAGAUGAUGACAUACCUCUGUCCAACUUUCUGGAGAAGCGACAGAGGGAUGACACACACCAGAGUGAAAACACACAGCACUGGACACUCGACUCUGAUGAAAGUUCUGGAAAAGACAAAAGUGACAAGGAAAGCUGUGACGAUAACGAUGACGAUGUUCCUUUGGUAGAGUUCCUGAAAAAGUCACAGGGUGACCAACAGCAGUGUCAAAAGACAAAGUGUUCAGCUCUCACUUCUAACACCUCUUUGGCAAAGGAGAAUGAUGAUGGCGUUAGCUCGGACGAUGAGCCUUUGAAUGAACUCUCCAACAGAGUGAAGACACGGCCACCGACGGAGGUGCCUCUCAUGCUGUCCAGAACAAGAACUAAGAGAAGCAAAAAUAGUGCUCCAGAGAAACUGGAGCCUUCCAGUGACAGCUCCAAUGAGCCAUUGAUAAAAACAAAUACAAGGAAGAGCCUUUCUGAUAAAAAGGUUUCAUCCAACGGGAGGAAAACAAAACCAAAAGAUGAUGUUCCCAUGGUAAAGCUUAUUGACAAGCAGCAUAAACCUGUAAAGAAGAUGCCGGUGUCGAGAACUACUACAACCAAAAGGAAGAGACAAGAUCGAAAGGAUGGCAGCUCAGAUGGCAGUUCAGAUGAUGACGUGCCCUUGGCAAAGCUUUUUACAAAGCACGAUGAACCUGCAAAGAAAACACCGGUGUCAAGAAGCAUUCCAGCCAGAAGGAAGAAACAGGCGAUAACUGAUGAAAGCUCAGAUGAUGAACCUUUGACCGACCUCGGGAAAACAAAGCUGCAAAGAGGUGCAAGAAAUGCAACAACCCCGAAGAGGAAGAGGGCCAAUGCUUCUCCGAAGAAGGCCAUCACUCCUGCCAGAGCGUCACCUAAGAAACAGUCAAGAAAGCAGACUGUGUCAAAUCGCACCAUGGAUGAGUCAUCAAUUGACAGCUCUGACGUUGAGCCGCUGAUCAAGAUUACAAAACAUCCCCAAGUGACCAAAUUCCUGAGAGUGGCGCUGGAGAGAUGCGAUGAAGCAGAGUUGCCCGUCACUGACGAGGUUGUCAAGUCAGGGUCAAACCACCCUAAGGCAUAGCUGGAGGAAACAACUGCAGAAAAACACCGAGAGCUGGUCGAGUCCAUUUUUUUUUCUCUCUCAUUUCAGCCUCCCAAGUCAAACUUAUUUCAGGCAUUUGGCUGUAAAACGGAAAAAAACGAUCAAGAAUCCUUACCAAAUUCAACUACAAGAUUUGUGCUUGCUUGUGUAUUUAUACAAAAUAUUUUCCCUCUCUACUUGUAAAAUGUUUAUGCCCAAGUCUGGCACCAACUGCAGGCGUUGUUCUAAAGUUUAUGUAAUUUAUUGAUGUUCUGUACUGCAGGCAUUGUUCUAAAGUUUAUGUAAUUUACUAUUGUAAUUUCAGUUUCCAUAGUUUUCUAUGUUUUGACCUGUUUGUGUUUUUUUUUUGUUUUGUUUUAAUUUAUCUACAGAUUUGUAAUUAUCUCUGUUGCUGGGUAAAAUAACCUCCAGUUCAGAAUGCAGCCAGACUACAUGUUGUUACAGGAAAACUUUCAUGUGAAAUUCAAGUAACAUGAGUAAAAAAACAAAAACAAAAACCCAACUUCAUUUCUUUG